AUGAGCGCAAAACAAAGGAGAAGGAGUAAAAGUGAAGAUUCCGAGUCGUAUGCUUAUGAGGAAGAAUCAUCUGAUUCAACUCCUCCUCCAUCAAUAGAAAAACCAACUAAAAAACAAAACGCAAAAGAUAAAGAAACUAAAUCCCAAGAAAAAACAGAAAAUAAGCGAUAUGAUCCAUCACAAAGACAAACUUUACCACCAUCAGAUAUUAUUCAGUUCGAUUUACCUCAAUUUAAAUAUCCAAAAUUAAACGACGUUAUAAUUUCUCCUCGUGAAGGACAAAAAUUCGUAAUUUCUAAAUUGAUUGAAGAUGCUAAACCAGGUACAACGAUUAAUAUCCCCUCAGGAACUUAUUCGGAUGUUUUAUAUAUUAAUAAGCCACUUAAAAUCUUAGCAAACGGAAAUGUUAAGCUUAUUGGUACUUCUGAUAAACCCGCAAUUACAGUUGCCGCUGAUGGUGUAUCCUUCCGUGGUUUUGAAAUCACACAAAGAAAAACAGAAGAAGACGCAGAGGCCGCAAUGCUUAUUAAAUCAGGAUCUGUAUUACUUCUCGAUUGUUCAAUCAAAUCGGAUACAUGUCCUUCCAUUUGCGUUUCCAAAGAUUCAGUUGCAAAUGUUAACGGAUGUCGUUUCAUCAGCAAGUCAGCGCCAAACGUACUAACGCUCGAUAAUAGCUGUUGUACAUUCGAAUUAUGCAACUUCCAAGGCAGUACAGCCAACGGUCUUGUAUUCAGAGAUAAUUCCCAAACAAAACUCACUCGUUGCACGAUACAAGGCUUCACAAAGAGUGGUAUACUCUCAUGCGGCCAUUCUUCAUUCAUAUCCGAGAAAUGCCGUAUCACAGCCUGUUCCCAAAACGGUGUUGAAAGUUGUUCAGACAAAACAAUCACUUUAAUCGACUCCAGCAUCGAAGGUUGUGGAAUGAAUGGCAUUUCUUUAUACGGAUUAGCUUCACUCCGCAUAACUGGUUGCACAAUAGAAGGUUGCACAUUAGCAGGCCUCGAAGCACGCGAAGGAAGUGCUGCAAGAUUAUCCGAAAACGUUUUUUCACAUUGUGGAAAUCCUUCCACAUUGUUUGCAUUCGAACAAGCCACAAUCGAUUCCCACGCCGACAAGAUUGUUAGUACAGACAUCUUAGGUAUCUGUUGUGCAGACAAUUCGAGCGUAAUGAUGAGAUCUGCUGUUUUACAAGAUAUCCAUGGCCGUGGUGUUUUAGUCAGCGACAAUGCGACAUUGACACUCAAUGAUACAAGGAUUGAAAGAACAGACAAAACAGGAGUAACUGUUUGCCAUGGUGGAAGCUUAGUUCUAGCAGAUAGUUACGUAUUGAACUCCUGCGAGCUUGGAAUAUUAGUUAAUGAUUGUCAUUCUGCGCAAUUAGUGAAUACACAUGUUGACGGAUCAGCGCUUUCAGGUUUGGAAAUCAAUGGUGUUCAAACUGGUUUCUCCAUUGAUCAGUGCAACUUCACGAGAUGCAGACAAUGCGGUAUUGUUAUCAUUGACUCGUCUGUUGAACUGAGUUUAUGCAAUGCGAUGUCAAACAGAUAUUCCGGUUUCGAAGUCAGGUCAUCAAAGGUUUCUCUCAAAAGAUGCAGAGCAGACAAGAACGCGAGUGGCGGAAUAUGUGCAAGAGGUGGUUCUGCUAUGACUGUUGAUACAUGCUCUGUUAUGGAGAACGGGCAAGUUGGUGCAUCACUUGAAAACAAGUCAAAUAUCACUUUCAAGUCAACAACAAUAGAAAACAACAAACAUUUGGGAAUAGCAGUUGAACUUGAGUCGUUUGUUACAUUGAAGAGCUGCCUUGUCACUAAACAUAGUUGUGUAGCCAUGCAAGUUGAAGGAAAAGACAGCAGAGCAUUUGUUGACAGAACAAAAUUUGUUUCAAAUGAUGUCGCUGUUCUCGCUGUAAUGAAUGGAAGAGUUGCUGCCAAAGGUGCAACAUUUGAUAGUAAUAAUAUGCACAUAGAACUUAGAGAUAAAGCAAAGAUGAAGGCUUCUGGAUCUGAGUUCAUUUCGGCUGCUGAAAAAGCUGGAAUUAACAUAUGCAGUAAUUGUGUCGCAACUUUCGAUGAUUGCACCGUUUCGAAGAAUAAAAACGUUGGAAUUGCUUGCGAAGGUGAAAUACAGAUGACCAUGUGCAGAGUGAAUGAUAAUGGACUUGGAGCUUUCUUGUAUGGUAAAAGUUCUGGUUCAAUCACUCAAACAAAGUUCGCAAACAACAAAAAAUGCGCUGUUUAUUUGCAACAGGGAAAGGUGAAAAUUACUAAGAAUAUUAUCGAAGGGCAUGAACUGUAUGGCAUUAAGAUAGAAGAAAAAGCGGAUGCUGAUGUUGAUGGCAACGAAUUCAAGAGAAAUUCUCAAGAUAUUAAUCGUGAAUGA